ACGCCCCGUGGCUACAACUCACCUCCUCGGGCUAACAUGCACAGGAACAACUCCGAAGUGCAUGUGACGUACAAACUUUCUUCCUCGGCCUUCAGGAUUAGGACGUUUGGUGACAUUGUAUUGCUACAACAAAAUCCGACGGCAUGAUCCAACUCUAUCAAGUUUUGCGGGAGAAUCCGGAGAAGAGGAGGUUGGGGACGGCGUCUGAAUUGGGCGCAGAUCUGACUGGCAACAUUACCGGGCUUAAAACCUUCAAGUCCGCUCGGGUCUGGAUCCCAGACGUGGAAGAGGUGUGGAAGUCUGCUGAGCUGACCAAGGACUACAAAAAUGGCGACACAUCUCUGCAGCUUUUGCUGGAGGAUGGCUCGAAACUCGAGCACAAGCUGGACCCCAAAACGAAGAACCUGCCCUACUUGCGUAACCCUGACAUCCUGGUGGGCGAGAAUGACCUCACGGCGCUCAGCUACCUCCACGAGCCGGCUGUGCUGCACAACCUUAAAGUCCGCUUCAUCGACUCAAAGCUCAUCUACACUUAUUGUGGAAUCGUUUUGGUGGCCAUCAACCCAUACGAGACGCUGCCCAUCUACGGGACAGACAUCAUCAACGCUUACAGUGGCCAGAACAUGGGAGACAUGGACCCACACAUCUUUGCUGUGGCAGAGGAGGCUUACAAACAAAUGGCCAGGGACGAGAGGAACCAGUCCAUCAUUGUAAGCGGAGAGUCCGGGGCAGGAAAGACUGUGUCGGCCAAGUACGCCAUGAGAUACUUUGCCACGGUCAGCGGCUCAGCGAGCGAGGCCAACGUAGAGGAGAAGGUGUUGGCUUCUAACCCCAUCAUGGAGGCCAUCGGAAAUGCUAAGACAACUCGCAACGACAACAGCAGUCGCUUUGGGAAGUACAUUGAGAUUGGCUUCGACAACCGCUACAGAAUCAUCGGCGCUAACAUGAGGACAUAUCUUUUGGAAAAAUCCAGAGUGGUGUUUCAGGCGGACGAGGAGAGGAAUUAUCAUAUAUUUUAUCAGCUCUGUGCGUCAUCACAUUUGCCGGAGUUCAAGAAUCUCAAAUUAAGCAACGCGAACAACUUCUUAUACACUUGGCAGGGCCGCAGCCCUGUGAUCGAUGGGGUGGACGACACAAAGGAGCUCUGCACUACCCGCCAUGCCUUCUCGUUGCUUGGUAUCAAUGAGUCCUAUCAGAUGGGAUUGUUUCAGGUUCUGGCUGCUAUUCUUCAUCUUGGAAACGUGGAGAUAAAAGACAGGGAUUCAGAUAGCAGCAUCAUCCCUCCCAAGAAUAAUCACCUGACCGCGUUCUGCGAUCUGGUGGGCGUCACCUACGAAGACAUGGCUCAGUGGCUGUGCCACAGGAAGCUUAAGACGGCCACCGAGACUUACAUCAAGACCCUCCCCCGCCUUCAGGCCACCAACGCCCGCGACGCGCUGUCCAAACAUAUCUACGCCAAACUUUUCAACUGGAUUGUGGAGCACGUCAACAAGGCGCUAAUCACCAAUAUCAAGCAGCACUCCUUCAUCGGCGUCCUCGAUAUUUACGGGUUUGAGACAUUUGAAAUCAACAGCUUUGAGCAGUUCUGCAUUAACUACGCCAAUGAGAAGCUCCAGCAGCAAUUCAACAUGCAUGUGUUCAAGCUGGAGCAGGAGGAGUACAUGAAGGAGCAGAUCCCCUGGACCCUCAUCGAUUUCUACGACAAUCAGCCCUGCAUCAACCUCAUCGAAGCCAAGAUGGGCGUCCUGGACCUGCUGGAUGAGGAGUGCCGGAUGCCUAAAGGCUCAGAUGAUUCAUGGGCUCAGAAGCUGUACAACACCCAUCUGAAGACAUGUUCUCUUUUUGAGAAGCCACGCAUGUCCAAUCGCGCCUUCAUCAUCCAACACUUUGCUGAUAAGGUUGAAUACCAGUGUGAAGGUUUCCUGGAGAAGAACAAGGACACGGUGAAUGAAGAACAGAUCAAAGUGCUCAAGGCCAGCAAGUUCAACUUGUUGGUGGAGCUGUUCCAGGAUGAGGAGAAAGCUACCAGUCCCAUGGGUCCGCCCGCCGGAGCAGGAGGCAGGACCCGUCUCAGCAUCAAACCUGACAAAAGCCGGGACACCAGCAGCAAGGAGCACAAGAAGACCGUUGGCUGUCAGUUUCGCAACUCCCUUCAAAUGCUCAUGGAGACGUUGAACGCGACCACUCCACACUACGUCCGCUGCAUCAAACCCAAUGACUUCAAACAGGCAUUCUCGUUUGAUCCGAAACGUGCAGUGCAACAGCUCAGAGCCUGUGGCGUCCUGGAGACAAUCCGCAUCUCCGCAGCAGGUUUCCCAUCCAGAUGGACAUACCAGGAGUUCUUCAGCCGGUACAGAGUGCUGAUGAAACAGAAAGAUGUCCUCCCUGACAAAAAGUUGACCUGCAGGAAUGUAUUGGAGAAGCUCGUGCAGGAUCAGGAUAAGUACCAGUUUGGUAAGACGAAGAUCUUCUUCAGGGCCGGGCAAGUGGCCUACCUGGAGAAGCUGAGAGCAGACAAGCUGCGCGCCGCCUGCAUCCGCAUUCAGAAAACCAUCCGAUGUUGGCUGGCUCGCAAGAAGUACCUGCGCAUGCGCAAUGCGGCCAUCACCAUCCAGAGGUUCACCAGAGGAUACCAAGCUCGCUGCCUGGCAAAGUUCAUGCGUCGCACUCGAGCCGCGACCGUCAUCCAGAAGUACCAGAAGAUGUACGUGGCGAGGAAACGCUACAGGCAGAAGCAGGCCGCCGCUCUGGCCAUACAGACCAUCCUCAGAGCGUACAUGGCCCGGCAGAAGUACCAGGCGCUCCUGCGAGAGCACAAGGUGGUGAUCAUCCAGAAGCACGCUCGCGGCUGGUUGGCUCGCCGCUGGUACAAGCGCUGCCUCCACUCCAUCGUCUACCUGCAGUGCUGUAUCCGCAGGAUGAGGGCCAAACGCGAGCUGAAGAAGCUGAAGAUCGAAGCCCGCUCCGUGGAGCACUUCAAGAAGCUCAACAAGGGCAUGGAGAACAAGAUCAUGCAGCUCCAGAGGAAGAUCGACGAGCAGACCAAGGAAAACCGCACCAUCAACGAGAAGCUCGUUGGUUUGGAGAGCUCAUACACAACAGAGAGCGAGCGCCUGCGUGGUGAGCUGGGCCGGCUGCGUGGCGUGGAGGAGGAUGCCAAGUGCAAAGGCAACCAGGUGAACUCUCUCCUGGAGGAGCUGGAGAAGCUGAAGAAGGAGCUGAGUACCACGCAGCAGGAGAAGAAGACCAUCGAGGACUGGGCGCAAACAUACAGGGACGAAAUGGAGAAAAUGGUGUCCGAACUGAAGGAUCAGAACGGCUCGCUGAAGAAAGACAAGGACGACUUGAACAGGUUGAUUCAGGAACAGAGUCAGCAGAUGACAGAGAAAAUGGCUCGUACUAUUGCAGCGGAGACUCAGCAGCUGGAGAAGGAUCUGAACGAGGAGCGCUCCCGCUACCAGAAUCUCUUGACAGAACACCUUCGCCUCGAGGAGAAAUACGACGACCUGAAAGAGCACAUUUCCAAGCCUGGUCACAGGAGAACAGAUUCCACCCACAGCAGCAACGAAUCAGAGUACACGUACAACUCAGAGUUCGCCGAAUCGGAAGAAGGUUCCCGUGCCGCAGAAGAUCUGACACGAGGAAUGGAUACCUCACUCACACUCAAGCUGCAGAAGAGACUUACAGAGCUAGAGCAAGAAAAGCAGUCGCUGCGCAAUGAGCUGGAAAACAAGGAGGAGCAGUUUCAGCGGGCUAGAGCCAGGGAUGAGACAGAGUUUAAAAAGGCUCGUGGGGCAGAGUUGGAGUAUGAGUCCCUCAAGCGUCAGGAGCUGGAGUCUGAGAACAAGAAGCUGAAACACGACCUGGCCGAGAUGAGGAAAAGCCUACUGGGCGACGCGGCCGCAAGCGCCGGCGCCCCAGGCUCCCCUGCUUACAAGGUGCUCCUGGAUCAGCUCAACGCCUCCUGCGAGGAGCUGGAGGUGCGCAAGGAGGAGGUGCUCAUCCUGCGCUCGCAGCUGGUCAGCCAGAAGGAAGCCAUGCAGCACAAGGAGACCAUGACCGAGGUAGCUGUACAUGUUGAGGAUGUUUCCAAACUGAAGGAUGCUGAUGAACUCAAGCAAGCCUACAUCGGCCUCAAAGACACCAACAGACUGCUGGAGCACCAGCUGCAGACUCAGCGCAGGAGUUACGACAGCGAGGUGGAGUCUCUGCGCGGUGAGCUGCAGAAUGUCAAGGAGGAGAACAACCGCCAGCAGCAGCUUCUGGCUCAGAACCUCCAGCUGCCCCCGGAGGCCCGCAUCGAAGCCAGUCUGCAGCACGAGAUCACCCGACUCACCAAUGAGAAUCUGGAGCUGGUGGCAGACGACCCCACAGCAUCCAGAGAGGCGCGAGUCCUCAUUUUACGGCGGAUGGUUGACCUCAUGGAGCAGCUGGAGAAGCAGGACCGAACCAUCCGCAAGCUCAAGAAGCAGCUGAAGGUUUACUCCAAGAGGAUUGGAGAGAUGGGAGCGGGUCAAGCUGAGGGUCAGACGUCCCCAGGACAAAUGGUGGAUGAGCCCAUCCACCCAGUCAACAUUCCUCGCCGGGAGAAAGACUUCCAAGGAAUGCUGGAGUACAAGAAGGAGGAUGAGCUCAAACUGGUCAAGAACUUGAUCAUUGAGCUGAAGCCUCGCGGUGUAGCCGUCAACCUGAUCCCUGGUCUGCCUGCCUACAUCCUCUUCAUGUGUCUAAGACAUGCCGACUAUGUCAAUGACGAUCAGAAGGUCCGCACACUCCUCACGUCCACCAUCAACAGUAUCAAGAAGAUCCUCAAGAAACGAGGAGACGACUUCGAGACCGUGUCCUUCUGGCUGGCCAACACCUGCCGCUUUCUGCACUGUCUGAAGCAGUACAGUGGAGAGGAGGCCUUCAUGAAGCACAACACCGCAAGGCAGAACGAGCACUGCCUGUCCAACUUUGACCUGGCCGAGUACAGACAAGUGAUCAGUGACCUCGCCAUCCAAAUCUACCAGCAGCUCAUCAAAUGCAUGGAGAACAUCCUCCAACCCAUGAUAGUGUCAGGAAUGCUGGAGCACGAGACCAUACAGGGCGUGUCGGGGGUGAAGCCGACCGGUCUCCGUAAGAGGACAUCCAGCAUCGCCGACGAGGGCACCUACACGCUGGACUCCAUCCUGCGGCAGCUCAACGCCUUCCACUCCACCAUGUGUCAGCAUGGCACCGACCCUGAGCUCAUCAAGCAGGUGGUCAAGCAGCAGUUCUACAUCAUCGGCGCCGUCACCCUCAACAACCUGCUGCUGCGCAAGGAUAUGUGCUCCUGGAGCAAAGGCAUGCAGAUCAGGUACAACGUGAGCCAGCUGGAGGAGUGGCUCCGUGACAAAGGUCUGAUGACCUGUGGGGCCAAGGAGACGCUGGAACCUCUCAUCCAGGCCGCUCAGCUGCUGCAGGUCAAGAAGAAGACUGAUGAGGACGCCGAAGCCAUCUGCUCCAUGUGCUUGGCUCUCACCACUGCACAGAUUGUGAAGGUCUUGAACCUCUACACUCCAGUCAACGAGUUUGAGGAGAGGGUGUCGGUCGCUUUCAUCCGAACCAUACAGACACGCUUACGAGACCGUUGCGAGAGUCCCCAGUUAUUGAUGGACACCAAGAUGAUCUACCCCAUCACCUUCCCUUUUAGUCCUUCCUCCCUCGCCCUGGAGACCAUCCAGAUCCCCAGCUCGCUCAACCUGGGCUUCCUCACACGCGUCUAGGCAGAUAUCACACACACACAAACGCGCACACACACGCACGCACACACAUUGCAGACCACUCGAUGGUUCAAAUGCAUCAAGAGGGGGGUGGGAGGGCGUCAUAACGUGCAUGCUCCAUGUGCACACGUUGUUUUAUUCAUGAAAUGAGCUGAUGCUGAAGCUGCAGUGUGUACAUACAGAACCACCCCCUGCUUGUAUAAAACGCCACAGAAGACAAACGCUUGCUUCUUCUUUUACGCUCUUAAUCAACUAAGAGUCAAGACGACAACUCAUCGUCUGUACCGUGUUAUUUAUGCACAUAUAGAUGAAAUAUAUAUAUAAAUAGGAACAAUAUGUGUAUUUAUUGCAUUGUCUUUCCCCUGCGCUGGAAGGUGCUUUUGGUUGCGUUGGUAGGCCGGUAGAGUAGAGCCACGUGUUUGUUGCACGUCUCAGUUCAUCAAGUGUAGCACAGGUUGUCACUUCAGAGGCCAUAACCUGCUGUUAUUAUUUAUUAAAGUUGAUUUUCUUAUCAGUGAAGUAUGAGGUUGUUUUUUUAGUGCCUCAAUCAGCUUCGUUCUAAGUCUCCUAUAUUUUAUCUCUGCCUUUAUGACCAAAAAACACUUAACAAUAUCGCACUUGUACUCUUGUUUUGUUUUGUUUUGUUUUUUGUAUUUCCUGUUGCUGGCACUUGAUGAUACCUCCAGGUGUGUUUGGCAGGACCGGCGUGGAUAAAUGUAAACUUAAUUGGCCGUGCAGCGGGUUCCAGACUGCAGCGGCUGCUGCAUUGCUCCGCUUUAAAAAGGCAGAAAUGAACGUACUUGCUACUGCUUUUUAUUUGUAUUUGCUACCAUUGACCUGCUGCCUUGUUGUAUUUGGUUUGUUUACCCCUCUUUGUGCCAUCAGUGUUAACCUCCUCCCUCAACUUGAAUCUUAUUUAGCCUAAAAACCUUAGAGCCGUUGGUACAGUAUUCUUCUGAAAGCCAUAUGGUACCGAUCAUGUUUUUGGUACCCCUCACCGCUAGAAUAGCACUCAGUUUCAAGCACAGACUUACACCAAGGCCCAAUCGUCCAAUAAAUGCCUGUCUUGACAUGCAUCCGCCCCUGAUGCAAGUAGACUGUAACAGCAAAAAAAACACUCCUCUAUAUGAGAAACUUUCAUCAAAAUACCCUGUGGCGUUUUUGCUUCAUCCUGUUAACAAACAAAGAGUGAUCAAAGCAAUUGAUGUCGUUCUGCUGUUGCACUUGCAGGAGGUAACGCAUCUGAACCAAACUUUACCGUUGGGUGCAAACGGGUAUGACGGGAAAUACUUGGUGAUGUUGCUUUACUGAUUUACACUCCAUAUAAGGAAUUUCAGCAGCGGUCGUUGCAAAGUGGACCACAUUCUUACUGACCCAACGUGCAGAUGUACAAAAGAGUAUGAGAGCCACACGGAGAUGUCCAAUAGUCAAAGAACAAGAAGUCACAAAAUUCUGAGGGGGGGAGAAAAGAAUACAGUUAUAAAGUGACGAGAAUGACAUCUUUUUGGUAGUUUAACAAGAAUCAAACUGAUAAAUAUGAAGUUGUCAUCAUGGGGGGGAAAAAGUUGGAAGGUUACAUGAAAACAAGCGUGAAUAAAAUCUUUACUUUUCUAGUAAAAUGACACCUUUUUUUGGAAGAUGAUUUGGUCAUAAAAUCAAAACUCAUAUUACAACAUUAUUCUCUUUUAAUACAAAACUUUAUUCUCAUAAUACAAUCCCGUUGUUCACUUAAAAUGAUUUUUUUCCUCAUAAAACGCUGACGUUUUUUCAUGUAAAAUCGCAACUUCUUUCUAUACUUUUUUUCAUUAAAGUAUAACUCUUUGUUUUCAUAAUAUUAGGACUUCUUGCUUCUUAAAUACUACCUUUUUGGGGGGAAUUUUACCCAUCAUCCACAAUCCUCAUGUGAAACAUGAGCACAUGAGUCUUUCCCUUUUCUUUGCAUUCUAAAAAGAGAGAAACGGUGAGCACGAGGGAGCUAACAAUGCACGUCAUGGGACACACCUAUUUCGACUGUAAAGCCCUCUAAAAAAACCUCCAACCCACAUUUUAUGGUUUUAUAUCCAUGCUGUGACCAUGCACUAACAGGUAGAUUCAUGAUAACAUGUAAUACUUACACUAUUUUGCCCUAUUUUGAUCAUUUUAAACAUUACUGGAACUUCUGUCCUGGGCGCAUUGAUUUCCUAUUUUGUGCUGCUCCCAUCAACAACAGCAGCGUGUCUGUUUCCUACUACUAAUCAUGGCAGAAUUUGUGAGAGCCGCCGCCGAUGAACACGUUUGGACAAAUGAGGAUCCAGAAACCUUAUCUUUUUGAUCCUGAAUAUACGGCGGAUGAGCUACAGGUUUUAGAAGCUGAGCCUGCAAGAAGAGAGAGUGAAACUUUGUAGCAGAUGGGGGGCAAGUCAUUACACCGGCAUGACGUGGUGUAAAUGUGGAGCUUCCCAAGCCAUGCCGACAGAAAUGGAGUGUUUCUGCUGCGCUGAGCAACAUACCUCUCAGUGACAUGAGACGCUGCGUCUUUACACCAGAAACGAGUUAUUUGUUUUCGCUGCUACAAUAACAGUGUCACGGUAGUUUGGUUUAUAUCAGUCACUUAUGUAAAUAGAACAUUGUUGGUGUUUUUUGGAGGGUUUUUUUAGGGCUUUCUGGUUGAAAUAGGUGUAUCUCGUGCGGCUUCCACAUGCUAGCUGUUUUUUUUAAGCUUUUUUUCUGUCUUUAAAAAGCACAGUAAAGAGAAAGAUGUGUGGUCUUGUUUCACAUAAGCAUUGUGGAUGAUGGGCAAAAUUCCCCCCAAAAAACGGUGCAGUUUUCCUUUUAAAAGGAAGACUUUUUUUUGUCAUUAAAUGAUGCCUUUUUUAUUGGAAAAUUGCAACUUUGAUCACAUAAAAUUACAACUUUUUGUCAUAAUUGCAACUUUUUUUGCCCAAUUUUCUUUUUUUCAUUUAUAGUAUUACAACUUCAUUCACAUGAAAUUUGGAAUUUAAUUUAAUUUAAUUUAAUUUAAUUUAAUUUAAUUUAAUUUAAUUUAAUUUAUGAUUGUUCUCAUAACAUUACAACUUUUUUCUAAAAAAAAAUUACAAAUUUAUUGUUAUUUUACGACCUUUUCUUCUUGUAAAAUUCUUUGAAAUUUCUUCUUGUAAACAUUUUUUCGACUUUAUUCUCGUAAUCAUACCUUAAAUCUGGUAAUGGUAUGACUUUAUUCUUGUAUUCUUGCCCUCAAUGACUCCUGGCUACAGAUAACAGAAAGAGUGAUGGAUGAAAAGAGUGUUAUUUGGAUCGCUGAAGUAUGUGUGAGGAGAAUGACACCUGUGGGUUGGAUUAACGAGAGAAAUAAAUGAAGGACUUUGCCUCAUGAAUGUUUAUGAAUUGCAAUGUUUUUAGCGGACAAAGCCUUACAUGUGACAUAGUCAGCAAUGUUUUUGUUCUCAGUGCGGUGUCUCUUUAUUUCAUGUAAAAAUGAAUAGGAAAUGUUAAAUGUCCUCAUUUUUGUUUGAGACCAGGUGUGUUUUUGUCGUCACAGAUGGGUUGCAUUGCACACAGUCAAAUGCACUUUUUUUAAAAAAGAGAAAAAGAAACCGUAAGGACAGUAAAAAGUGGCAGGAAAUGAAGGCUGGCCUACUUUCAGCGGAGGAAGAACACAUUCAUUGUUGAGCAGAGCCUUGCUCCCCUUCCCCCCUCACUUAGGACAUCACCCUUCACUUGGUGUCAGUGUGCCGUUUUUCAAAAGAUGUGUCCACUGACAAGAUGGAGGAGACACCAGCUGCUGUGAUUGUGGACACGUCUCUGACCCCCGACGUGUACGUUUUGACAAACUUGGACUGUUUGUAGUUUCUGGUAGCUGUGCUUUAGUGGACAUGUUCACUGUUGAAGAAACUUGGAAUAAAUUGUCAAAUCUGUAAAAGUUGAAAAAAAGAAAUAAUAAAAGAAUUCAAGCACUGUC